GCUAGGCAGUGUGUCUUUUGGCUUGUGGGGUUAAAAGCCGAUCAGCGCGUAGCCUCCCCGCUGGGCUGCUGUGCCCCCGGCCAUCUCGCACUGCUGUCAGGGAAAACCACUGGACCCCUUUGCUCCCCGUUUUUGCAUCCCAAAGACGUUUGUCAGCCUUUGUGGUAGGACUUCAUGUCUGUAUUUUUUCCCAUUCACUGCCCUGAUUAUCUGAGAUCAGCUGAAAUGACUGAAGUGAUGAUGAAUACUACAUCUAUGGAUGAAAUUGGGCUAAGUCCCCGCAAGGAUGGCCUAUCAUAUCAGAUUUUUCCUGACCCCUCAGACUUUGAUCGUUACUGUAAGCUGAAGGACCGCCUGCCUUCCAUUGUGGUAGAGCCAACAGAGGGGGACGUGGAGAGCGGUGAGCUGAGAUGGCCACCUGAGGAAUUCCUUGUCCAGGAGGAGGAGGAGGAGGAAGAAGAAAACUGUGAAGAGGCAAAGAAAGAGAACAAAGAGCAAUAAAUGGCAGCUGAAAAAAAUACAAGGGAUUGUAUUGUCUUGAGGGAAGAGCCACACCUGUUCUGAAGGUCUUUUUUUCUUAAGAAAAAAGACAGACAAGUUCAAUUUUGCACCUGCAAGAUCUUAGGUUUUUUUGUAUUCUCUGUAUCGAGAACUGAAGCCCUCGAUGUGACACUCUCCAGACCUUCUGAGGAAGGAAGUCAUGCAGAGAAAAAUGUUUGCUGUUCUCAAGAUCACUAUCUGACUUUUUUUUUUAUUUUUUUGUUAAGACUGAGAGGCAGCAGAGAAAUUCCAAGGCCCUUGGUGGAUGGUGAACAAGCAAGGCUGUUUAAUGAGUGGUGGGGAGGGUGGGAAUAAAGAGAAAUGUAAGAAGUGUUGAGCAAGGAACUGCCUCUGGCUACAAAAGCAUGAGACUAGAGUCUUCAUCUCUCAAAUUUUCCUUUCUUAUAAGCUUCUGUUUGUGUAUCUGGAGCGGAGGGGAAAUGUGUGGUGACAUGUCACAAAUGGAUGCUCUGCUGACAUAAUUGCUGGGUGGCAUAGAGAGGCAAAGGGGCUUUUAGUCAUUCCCCAGUUGCACAUCUCCUGAAGUUACACAAGCAUGUGUAGAAGUAAUGGAUUUCUUGCGUUAACUAUCAAACCUGUUCCCAGUCUUUGCCCAGAAGAUGUUUUCUUGCCUUCUCUUUCUCUGUCUGCAUUUAAACCUUGUAAUGCUGAACAGCUCAGUUGGCAGGGUCAGUGUGUUCUGCUGCUACUCUCCAUCUAUUUUGCAAGGUCCUUGUUUAUCUUGCAGAUGAUUAGCAUGAGGUAACAAAGAAAUUUCAUGUAAUGUCUAAAUCUACCUGAGAUCUUUGUUCUAGAAGUGGUUAAGAUGUUUCUCUCCUGCUAGCUGAGACUGCUAUAGUAAGACAAAACUCAUUACAGUGCAUAAAGCUUGCAAGGUGCAGGGACCACCUGCCUUCUAGAUGAUUCUGGGACUGCAUGGUUUCCAUCUCAAACAUGCUGGGUCAACCAUCUGAUCAAAACUGGCUUAGUAGAGGGGCAUGGGGAGAAUCUGCAGGGAACUGUUAGAUUUGGGUUUUCUUUGUUAGCAGCAGUGCUUUACCAGAGCUCCAAGACCUAGCAAUGCUGGCAGACCAAGAUGCUUGCAGAAAUCAUCUGCUUAAAAAUGGAUGAAAUUGAAAAUUCCCACAUGCAACAUAGUCAGAAGAAUGUUGCCAGAACUGAAAUCAGAGGCAGUCCUAAAUCAAAUGGCUGACUUGAAAAGAUAAGAUGGGGGCAGGGAAAUGAUGCCUGUCUUCAGACAGUAUUUCAUGGCUUUUGAGUGUUCUGGGCAAGAGGAUGUGCUUCUGGUUGUAACAAAGUAUUAGUAGGGUUUAAUAAAGGGCAAGAUGGUUUGUAAGGUCUAAGGUAUCCCAUGCAACUUGUUCAGUGCGGAGUUCUCUCUGUCCUACCUGACCUCUGUCUACAAGGGGAACUGAUUGCAAGGCAGGUUGAGUUGCCACUUUUGUGGAAAGUGGCAAUCCAGCAACUUUAUGGAAAAGCCCCAAAGGGGCCCAAGGCAUCUGUUGAGGAGCUGACAGGUCUAAGAAUAAAGUGCUGGUAGUUUCCACCUUAAAACAAGUCUGGAGACACUAAAGGAAGAAAGAAAAAUGUUAAGGCCUUAACCAGACCUUAUGAUAAAACCCAAUGCAUCCUGUCUACUAUUAACUGGUUCAAUUAAAAAAAAUCUAUUUGGA